AUAACUUAAAAAAAGGGGGAAGCAUUUUGGAAAGGUGUACAAUUUGGGGAUUCCACAAAAUUAGCAGCGAGAAGAGGCGCUUCUUUGUUUUACCUUCUCCUCGUCCUUUCUGUCGUCCCUCUCGCAUCUCCUUCUCGCACUGUCGCUGCGGCUCUCUGUAACAGUGGAAGUAUCGAUGAUGGGUAGUAGAAGUUGCCUUGUGAAGAGGUUGGACGUGUGAUUGGUAAUUACCGCUGAGUAAGGUAGAAACUGCCUCGAUGCAAAAGGAUAAUAUUACCGGAAAUGUUUCAACGCCUACUGCCCGAACUCGGCACCGAAGGCGCUCUCAAGAGGCGUUUCCAGAGCCUAGCAAAGAAAAUGGAGGCCAUUUGCUUGUCGAUGAUCAUAAUAAAUACAAGUCAUUCUUAAUUCGUGCAUACUCUACUAUAUGGAUGAUCGGGGGGUUUGCAUUUAUUGUCUACAUGGGCCAUCUAUAUAUCACCGCAAUGGUGGUAGUUAUACAAAUCUUUAUGGCAAGGGAACUGUUUAAUCUGCUCAGGAAAGCACAUGAAGAUAGACGUCUCCCAGGAUUUAGGCUAUUAAAUUGGCACUUUUUCUUCACUGCAAUGCUAUUUGUGUAUGGCCGCAUUCUAAGUCUACGGCUUGCCAAUACGGUACCCGCUUCAGACAAGUUUUUGUAUCGCCUUGUGAGCAGCCUCAUCAAGUAUCAUAUGGUCAUCUGUUAUUCUUUAUAUAUCGCAGGUUUUAUGUGGUUCAUUCUUACACUGAAGAAGAAGAUGUACAAGUAUCAAUUUGGCCAAUAUGCAUGGACACACAUGAUUCUGAUUGUGGUAUUUACGCAGUCAUCUUUCACUGUAGCCAACAUUUUUGAAGGAAUUAUCUGGUUUCUUCUUCCAGCAACGCUUAUUGUCAUCAAUGAUAUAUUUGCUUAUAUUUUUGGAUUUUUCUUUGGGAGAACUCCUUUAAUCAAGAUAUCCCCAAAGAAAACUUGGGAGGGAUUCAUUGGAGCAUCUGUUACAACUAUUAUAUCUGCUUUUGUACUGGCGCAUAUGAUGGGGCGUUUUCAGUGGAUGACAUGUCCGAGGAAGGAUUUAUCUACCGGUUGGCUUUAUUGUGAUCCCGGGCCAGUAUUUAAGCCGGAGCAUUGUACUUUACCUGUAUGGUUUACCAAAUGGUUUCCUUGGACAGAGAUAUAUAUUCUGCCUCUUCAAUGGCAUGCUCUAUGUCUUGGUUUGUUUGCAUCGAUAAUAGCACCUUUUGGAGGCUUUUUCGCUAGUGGUUUUAAAAGAGCUUUUAAGAUCAAGGAUUUUGGUGAUAGUAUUCCUGGACAUGGUGGGAUUACAGAUAGAAUGGAUUGCCAGAUGGUUAUGGCUGUCUUUGCAUAUAUCUACCAUCAGUCAUUUGUCGUGUCUCAAAGCCUUACCGUCGAAACAAUCUUGGAUCAGAUAUUGGCAAACUUAGCCUUCGAGGAACAGUAUGCCUUGUACACAAAUCUUGGAGAGAUCAUCCAGCACAGGCUGACUGGACAUUCUUAAGAUUUUCGGUCAUCGCUUCCCUAUUUCUCCUCCUCAUGGACCCCAAAAUCCAAGCGGAGCAAGUUAUAUACACGGUGGCGACGUGGCUUAGCAAACAGAAGAAAGACUAUUAAUUUGUACUUGUACAUGUCUUUCCUGUAUUCGAUUUCAGUAGCUAGGUGGAGUCAUUUUUUUAGUGAGCAUACCCUGUAUAGUGUAUUAUAACCAGACUCUAAUACAGGGACUCCUGCUGGAGCAUAUUAUGGUUCCACUACGUCUCCUACCUUUCCUGCAAA